AUGGCACCUCACAGACAGGACGAAGCCUGGGAGGCUCACCAGCGGGACCCCGAGGAGUUCUGGAAACACCAGGCCGAGCAGAUAGCUUGGACGAAAGCUCCGCAGACGACGUAUAGGAAAUAUACGAAGAAGCUGCCCUCGGGCGUUUCGCACGAUAGUUGGCAAUGGUAUCCAGAUGGAGAGCUGAGUACUUCGUACAAUGCGGUCACGAGACAUGUCGAGGCGGGUUUUGGGGACAAUGUUGCGAUCAAGUGGGAUAGUCCGGUUACAGGGAACAAACAGAACAUCACGUACAAGCAGCUAGAAGAGGACGUCGCAAUCUUGGCGGGAGCGCUGAGGGAAGAAGGAGUGAGGAAGGGUGAUGUGGUUAUUAUCUACAUGCCCAUGAUACCUGCCGCUCUCAUAGGGAUGCUGGCGGUCGCUCGCCUGGGAGCUGUACAUGCGGUGGUGUUCGGUGGCUUUUCGGCUUCGUCGCUGGCCCAACGGAUCGAUUCGAGUACCCCGAAAGCCAUUCUCACCGCUAGCUGUGGCAUUGAAGGCGCGAAGGGACCUCUGCCUUACAAACCGAUGGUGCGAGGAGCGAUUGAGCAGGCGAAGCAUAAGCCGUGGAAGGUCUUGAUCUGGCAAAGAGACGAGCAUCGGUGGAAUGAUACGGAUCGAUUGGCGGGGGAGAGGACGUGGCAGAGGGUGGUCAAGGGCGCGAGGGAUAGGGGCGUGCGGGCGGAGAAUGUGGCUGUCAAGAGCAAUGAUCCACUCUAUAUCAUCUACACAAGUGGAACGACGGGGUUGCCAAAGGGGGUCGUUCGUGAAGCUGGAGGCCAUGCUGUUGGAUUGAAUUUCACCGUGAGAUAUGUCUUCGGAAUCCGUGGACCGGGCGAUACGCUCUUCACGGCGAGUGAUAUUGGCUGGGUGGUCGGGCAUUGUUAUAUCGUGUACGGACCCCUUCUCGCCGGAGCGACGACGGUCUUGUUCGAGGGCAAACCGGUCGGCACGCCGAGCCCUGACACGUUCUGGCGGAUUUUGGAAGAACACAAAGUGAAUACGAUGUUUACUGCGCCGACUGCGCUGCGUGCGAUCAAGAAUCAGGAUCCAGACAACAAGUACUUCAAGCAGCGAGGAGAGAGUGGAGGCCUCAAGAAUCUGCGCGCGCUCUUUCUGGCUGGGGAACGCAGUGAGCCCACGAUUGUGCACAUGUACGACGAGCUCGUCAGGAAGUAUUGUGGCCCCAACGCCACAGUCAUUGACAAUUGGUGGUCAUCGGAAUCCGGAUCUCCCAUGACUUCGCUCUCGCUCCUGCCCGGAACAGCGCUGGACUUCCAAGAUCGGCAAUACUACAAACCCCUCCCCAUCAAGCCCGGCUCCGCCGGAAAGCCCGUCCCCGGCUUCGACGUCCGCGUAGUAGACGACGAAGGCAACCCCCUACCCCGUGAGAACAUGGGCAACAUCGUCCUCGGGAUUCCCCUCUCCCCCACGGGCCUCACGACCCUCUGGCAAGACGAGGAGCGCUUCUACCGAGGCUACCUGCAGCGUUUCAACGGCCGAUGGGUCGACACGGGCGACGCGGGCAUGAUCGACGCGCAGGGCUACGUGCACAUCAUGAGCCGCGCAGACGACAUCAUCAACGUCGCCGCCCACCGCCUCUCCACCGGCGCCAUCGAACAGGCCAUCACUUCCCACCCGUCCAUCGCCGAAGCGGCCGUCGUCGGCAUCCCGGAUCCCCUGAAAGGCCACGCCCCGUUCGCCUUCAUCUCCAUCCAGAACCCGCCUCCCGAUCUCCUGCAAGAUCUGAAUCGCCGGUUGCGACAUCACAUCGGGCCCAUUGCGAGUCUGAGCGGGUUUAUCGCCGCUCCCGGCGUCAUUCCGAAGACGCGGAGUGGCAAGACACUGAGGAGGUGUCUGAAAGAGGUGGUGGAACAUGCUGUGGCGGGGGAGUUUGACAAGGAAGUUGUGUUUCCCGCUACGAUUGAGGACCCCGGGGUGGUGCAGAAGGCCCAGGAGGCGGCGAGGGAGUAUUUCACCCGGGGAGAGGGGGCGAGGUUGAAGGCGAAGUUGUAG